AAGUCAUUCGUCUUUCACCUGUCAGCAUGUUCGGCAUAACCACAUCUCUGUGUCUUCCAAUCAUUGUUUUCCGUUUGGCCCAGCCAUGUGUGUCCCCCAAUAACGAAAACCAAUAGAUUCGUUCCGUAGUCCGUAACCCGUAACUCGUAAUCCGUAACUCGUGAUCCGUAAUCCGUAACUCGUAAUCUAAACCUGGCCAAAGAUGUCCGCGGCAGGCAAUCAACUCAACCCCUCAUCAUCCCAUCAUCCGUCAUCCCAGCCAGCAAACUUCAAUCAAGGAAAGAAGAGCCGCAAGACAGCCACCUCGCCUUCUCCUUCUCCUUCCAAUCCUUCUGCUCCUCCUCCUCCAAAUCGAAAGCCGGAGAAGAGCCGCAUCCUGGAGUUGCAUGCGAUUUUCCUGGGGCACGACACCCGUGGCGAUAACAAGAUAUCCAUUCGCCACCUGGGCGACUGUCUCCGCGUGAUGGGCGCCAAUCCCACGGAGGCGGUGGUGACCAAACACGUCCGUCAACUGCAGGCCGCAUCCUUGGAGCGCGUGUCCUUCGACGAGGUGAUGGCCAUCUACAGCAAUCUCGGCAAGCACGGCUGCAGGUCGACUCCCGAGAAGAAGCGGAUCGAGGCGGACCAAUUCGCCGACUGCCUCCGGCUCUUCGACACGGACAACUCCGGGCUCCUGUCCGCCGCUAGACUCCGCCGGAUUCUUGGCCAGUGCGGCGAGAGGAUGAGCGCCUUCGAGGUGGACGAACUGCUCAAGGGCAGGAUCAACGAACAGGGACUGGUCGACUACAGGAAGCUGAUCCACGACAUCGUCAAUGGCUGAAGGCUGGUAGAAAUAUCAAUGGCAAGUGGAAGAAUCAGUCAGAAGAAUUACAAAAAGAAAAAGUACAUUCAUUGACAGGUGGAAGUUUAAAAUAAAAAUAAAUGUUUUUUGUUCACCCCGAAAGGGGCAA